UGUGAAUGCGUGCGUGUGUGAAUGCGAACAAGUUGCUAUUCCCCCCCCCCCCCUCCCCACCACCACCCACUCCCCGAAUCCAUUCCACAUUAGCAGUGGAGGUUUGUCGCGUCGCCGGUGAGUAAGUCAUCUUUCAGUGCCAAGCGGCGAGAAGAAAAACAACACUUCCAAAUCAACGCGACUUCAAUGAACUCGAAAAUAACAAGUUUGCUACCUACGCACAUCCGUUGAAUAGAAGCCACGACGACGCAGUUGAAGCAUUUUCGCUUUUCAUUUUGUUGGGGUGUUCUCGUUGCUGCAGUCGAGGGUCUCUCUAGCAGCUGUUGUUUUUUUUUUUUUUUUUUUUUUUUUUUUUUUUGGGGGGGGCCUGUCAGUUGUAAAGAGACCCGUGUGCCUUAUCGCAUAUGUGCAAAUUCGCUCCUGUUGGCUAAUGAAGUUGUAUCCGCCGUAUAGGAGCCGGCAAUUAAAACGUAUUUGUAAGGGGAUAAGCCAUAAGCUAGUCAAGUCAACAUGCUAAAGACGCUGACCAAGAAGCUAAGAAGACACUCGCUCAAUGAGAUGCACCCUUUCCAACUCAAGUUUUCUUACCAUGGCAGUGGUGAGGGUGGUGAGAGUGAUGACUCUGAGGGUGAAAACCAGGAGCUUGCACAAAUUGAUAGAGAGAGACGGAGAAAUUGUGCCCUCACCCCCUUGGCUACAAGCCAGCAGCACAACCAGGGAGCCCUCUCGCCAGCUCGUCUACGACGUCUCCGCCUGCUUCUUGACGCUAAUCUGGAUCGCCACUCUUCAGAGGAAGAGCUGGAGCGAAUCAGCUAUGGUGACAACAGGAAGUGGAUAUCUGCACUUCCCCAGCGUCACGGUGAUCACCACAGCAGUGCGUCCAGCGACGAGGAAGUGCGGGACUUAUGUGGCUGCGGUUCGACCGCUGCCACCACCAGGCCUGUGGUCGAGCCCGAUGCUUGUCUGGCUGCCUCCUCCAGUCCUGUGCUCUUCAGCUCCAGCCCACCGUGCAGCAUCAAGCCACCCCCAAUGCGCUUUCAGCUCCAAGUGGUCCAACCAGUCACUCGACCUAUUAUCUUGACCCAUUUUGACCAAUCAGCACCUUAUAGAAAGUACCGGCACAACUACAGUGGCGAGUUGGGGAGGCCCAGUCUUGAUUUAGAGAAAAUGCAACAGAAAAUGCUGCUGAAAAAGAACUGCGGAGGGAAAACUCGAACCAUAAAGAUUCGGACUUUGACCGGCAGUCGUCCUCCACCCAGGUACACGUACGAUCCCUCCAUUUUUGCCUUCCGGUCUUUAAGCACCGUGCCCCUAUCCGAGGAUCCUCCCUGCUCAUGAAGAAAUUGACCCACUGGUAGAUGAAGCCUAUCCAUCCUUCUCUAAAAGAAAAAAUGACUGUUGUGAAACAGACAUUUGUUUGCUGGCCCAACUAUUGCACACUCAGGUAUUCCUACCCUGUAACAAUGUCACUUUGAUUUUUACUUUACAAGUCAGAUCAGCUUUUGGAGAAUACAACAGCUUAAAUGUAACAUUUCUAAGGAUAUUUCAGGUUUUUGUAUGUAUAGUUGACCCGUGAAUAUAGCCUGGGAUUGAAAGAGAGGAAGGCGGUGAGCACAUGGGGUGUGAAGUGACAAGUAUGACCUGAAUUUAGCUUUGGAUUGGAUCACUUUCAAGGGAAAUAAUGCAUGUAAGACAAUCAAAUGGUUCCAAGGUUUCUUCCUUCAGUGUGAUAUAUUGACAUCUUAUAAGGUUAUUGGUAACUUCCUCUUCUAAACAUGGUGAAGUGGGUCAGCUGAUAUCCAAAUGUUUAGAUGCUUUGUCAUAUUUGCCUACCUGGAAAACAACUUCUUUGGAUGUGUUAUUUCUUUGAAUAUGCAGGUAAUGAUGAGCUGUAACAACAUGUAUGAUUGUAGUUAAAUCUAGCUGACCUUUGAUGUCCGUUUUUCAAUGAAUAUGUCAUUGUUAGUCUGAGUCAAAGUACUUGUAUCCUCUUUCCUUGCAUGGAUUCCACUGUUUUCCACAGGUACAUGGUGAGACUAAGGAGUAAUGACUAGUUUGCUGCACAUUUGGCAAGUGUAAUUGGUGCUGUUUUGCAUAGCCAACUUGUAGUGUGCCAUUUUAUUUUUCCAUAUUGUACCUCAUUACUUUUUAGGUAGAAGAGGACCACUGGUAUAUGUCUCUCUAAUGCCUUGAAAUAACAUUCCUGGUGUGUUAAAUGGAACUGAAGUAGGUCUGAGCUCAUGACUUGAGCUGAUCCAUCGAUUGAAAACCAACGUCACCACUGUAACUAAGAUUUUGCCGAAAUGAAUGUAACAUUGUGACAAGUUUGUCAUCCCUUGUUGCAGAAAAGGAAUCAAUAAAUGUUCUGUGGCCUCUUGUUUAA